AUGGAUCGCCAGCAACGCCUCUUGGGCCAAGCCCUGGCUGGGUUGGUUGGGUACUGGCAUCUUGCACAGAUGCGGAUCGGGCACCUGGCAUACCUGACCCACACCACGCGAGCUUGGUCCAAGGGCGAUGAGGGCCUGAGCCCCAUGGCCACGCGAAUCGAAGAGGAACUUUGCCGUGUGCGCUUUAGCAUGAUCAUGACCUUCCUUCGGCUGUGUGUUCCGCCCGUGCUGGUCAUGAUCUUGCUGUCGGCAUUGGAGUUCCUGCGCAGACCCAGCUUCUGUUCUGCAAGCUGGUUCUGUUGCCCGUCGCUGGUGCUUCUAUUGUACGGUGUCCUUGUCAAGAAGCAGCUACCUUGCACGCCUUGGCUUCUGCAUCGCAUGCGGCCUUUCUUCAGCAUUGUUAACAUAGUGGUCGGGAUCGGCAGCGCGUGGGGCAACAAGGACGAUUUUCCUGGCCGAUUCGGCAUCAUACUCACAGGGCAGGUGCUGAUGGGAUUGGUUUUUCCAGCGGAUGCAAAGACUCUGGUGAACUCCCUUCUCCACACGAUUGUCUACAUCUGGUCUGCAGCACAAAUUUAUGGCGAGAGCUCGCUGAACCAGUGGUGGUUUGUGUUUCUCGUCUAUGUCCAAACCUUGGUGUGCGGUGUCUUUCCCUUUGUGCUGGAGUUUACCCUGCGGGACUGCGUGAAAACUUUCUUCGAGUCGCAGGACUCUGACUCCCUAAUCUCCGGGUUUCGCCAGAUGCUCAGAGGCAUCUGCGACGGAGAGCUGCUGGUGGACAGCAACCUGCGGAUCUGCGGCGGCGCGCCGUGCCUUCAGCGGCUGCUGGCAAGCCAAGAGGAGUUUGCCGGGCGCUGCUUUCGGGAUCUCAUCGACGGGGAAGAGGCGCAACAACAGUUCGAUGGAUUCCUCGUGCCUGCCGUGCCCGAGGACGCGACGGACCUUCGACCGAACAGAGGAGCACCACGCUGCCUGCGUGUGGCCCUGAAGGCUCCCUCGGGUCAGGUUGUCCCUGUCGACGUCUUCCACGUUGCGCUGCCAUGCAGCCUCUACGCGGAGAGCACAAACUACCAUCUGCUGGCGCUGACCGAGGACAACCAUGCCCGCCUCGUGCCGGAGGCCGAUGUGACGUCUCAGGCCGCGUUGCCAAGCGGCCUGCUGGCGUCCCGGCGGGCACCCGCGGCGUCUUCAGCCAGCAGCACCGACACGCAGCUGCAAUGCUUCGACGAGCUGAUGGAGAUGACCUUGCUUCUGAACGCCAGCACGGAGCUCAUGGACAUCGAGGAGGCCCACCUCCGCUUUGUGCGCAAGACCACGAAGCCCGAGGUCCGGAUGGGCAUGCCCACCCUGAAGCGCUUCGCGCGGCCCCUAGACUGGGCCGGCAUCGACGCCGCGCUGCGCCGCUACGCGCGCGAGGUGCGGAAGGCCUCGGCAAGCGGCCAGGAGGUGGUGGAGGGGCAGCUGCCGCAUCCAUUGGUGCUGCGGCUGCCCGGGGAGAUGAGGAAGUACCUCCUCUCAAGGUCUUCGACCGUGAGCUCCCCUUUCAAGCGCAAGGAGCCAAACGAGGCCGUCUACCUCUACCUGCACAUGACGGACAGCCGGAAGCCGUUAUUGUGUUCCGUCCUCAACCCCGAAACCCUAAACCCUAAACAUCCCUAA